AAAGAACUGCAGUUCCGGAAAGCGCUGGAGGACGUUCCCUUUUGAGGCGUCGUGAUGUGUGGGGACUGUGUGGAGAAGGAAUAUCCCAAUCGGGGUAAUACCUGCUUGGAGAAUGGAUCUUUCUUACUGAACUUUACAGGCUGUGCAGUAUGCAACAAGCGGGAUUUUAUGCUGAUCACAAACAAAUCCUUGAAAGAAGAAGAUGGAGAAGAAAUAGUUACCUAUGAUCAUUUGUGUAAGAAUUGUCAUCAUGUAAUAGCCAGGCACGAGUACACAUUCAGCAUCAUGGAUGAAUUUCAGGAAUAUACCAUGCUGUGUCUGUUAUGUGGCAAAGCCGAAGAUACUAUCAGCAUUCUCCCUGAUGACCCCCGGCAGAUGACUCUGUUAUUCUAAGCAUCCUUCUUCUGUUCUGUUGUAAUUAUGUCUGGUUGGUUUACAAUACCAGCAAGCCUGAUGGUUUGUUUUACUUA